AUGCCUGACCACGACAUGGACCUUGAAAAUAACCCCGCCGCGGCCGCGCCCGCCGAUUCUGGAGCUGAAGCCGGAACUGUCCCUGGGCCUAGAGUCACGGUUGCAGCAGAAGUGGCAGCAGCAGCGUUCCCACCACCACCACCACCACCACCACCACCACACAUCAGAAGCAGCGACAGUACCACCAUCGUCUUCAGGCCCAAAGCCCAACGCCGGCCCCAGUGGCAGUGGAACACAGGCGCCUCCCGUCUUCGCUACCGCGGCCUCGAUUGCCAGACCGAACGCUUCCUCCUCCUCUGCUUCCCAAGAGCCAUUCGGGAGUUCCUCAAGGUCCGAACCAGUUACGACGUCCUGCCCCUGUCCUUCCGAUUGAUCGUGCUCGACAACGACCUCCUCAUCAAGAAGAGCUUGAAUAUCCUCAUCCAGAACUAUAUCGAGAAGGCUAUCGGCGUGUCUCCACUCGAGACCGUCUCAGUCAACCCUAUGCGCCCCCUAUACGAGGCAUGCCGCCGCAUGUUGAAGACGAAGGCCCGCCGAAUCCCCCUUGUAGACCUCGACGACGAAACGAGGAGGGAGACUGUUGUUAGUGUCAUAACCCAAUACCGAAUCCUCAAGUUCAUCGCCGUCAACAACGAACACAACACAGUCAUGCUGAAGAAGGCGGUCAGAGAUGUCGGCCUUGGUACAUGGGGCCACAUCGCGACGGCACACAUGAGCACCUCCGUCCUCGACGUCGUGUCCCUCAUGGUCAAGCAUGACAUAUCGUGCGUUCCUCUGGUUGACAAACACAACCGACUACUCAAUGUCUUCGAGGCGGUCGAUAUCAUUCCCUGCAUCAAGGGAGGAGCAUACGACGACCUGUCUUCCAGUGUCGGCGAGGCACUCUGCAAGCGACCGGACGAUUUCCCGGGCAUCUACACCUGCGGCCCCGAAGACCGGUUGGACUCCAUUUUCGACACAGUGCGCAAGUCGAGAGUGCAUCGCCUCAUAGUGGUGGACGAUGAGAAUCGAUUGGUCGGCAUCAUCUCCCUAUCCGACAUUCUCAAGUAUGUCCUCCUUCACGGAGAGGAGGACGACUUGAGGUAG